ACUCUUUGGAAGCAAUAAUGGCGGUGUCUUCCGGGAGCCGACCUCGCCCCGUGACCUCAGAGGUAUGCUUCCGGGACACGGAAGUGACCCGUCGCUCCUCCCUCUCCCACUCUCUCUUUCCGGUCUGAAGUCUGGAGACGACGUGCAGAAAUGGCACCUCGAAAGGGGAAGGAAAAGAAGGAAGAACAGGUCAUCAGCCUCGGACCUCAGGUGGCUGAAGGAGAGAAUGUAUUUGGUGUCUGCCAUAUCUUUGCAUCCUUCAAUGACACUUUUGUCCAUGUCACUGACCUUUCUGGCAAAGAAACCAUCUGCCGUGUGACUGGUGGGAUGAAGGUGAAGGCAGACCGAGAUGAAUCCUCGCCAUAUGCUGCUAUGUUGGCUGCCCAGGAUGUGGCCCAGAGGUGCAAGGAGCUGGGGAUCACCGCCCUACACAUCAAACUCCGGGCCACAGGAGGAAAUAGGACCAAGACCCCUGGACCUGGGGCCCAGUCGGCCCUCAGAGCCCUUGCCCGCUCGGGUAUGAAGAUCGGGCGGAUUGAGGACGUCACCCCCAUCCCCUCUGACAGCACUCGCAGGAAGGGGGGUCGCCGUGGUCGCCGUCUGUGAACAAGACUCCUCAAAAUAUUUUCUGUUAAUAAAUUGCCUUCAUGUAAACUAUUU